AGGCAGUACUCCGGCUGGUCGCCAUCUUUACUCCAUCCCUGCUCACAUCGCUACCGGUGGGGCGGAACACACUCAGCCUUCAUCAUCAUCAUCACCGACCCGGUAGAUCUCUAGGAACCACCGACACACAGACCUGGCAACCCAACACUGUGUUGUUCACUACAGAUACAGUCAGUGUUUGAUUAGUUCUCCUCUGUAGCUGCAUCUCGACACACAAUGGCAGAUCGAGAAGGCCUAGUUUACCAGGCGAAACUCGCCGAGCAAGCAGAGCGAUAUGACGAGAUGGUGAACUCUAUGAAGGACGUGGCAGGCAUGGACGUGGAGCUCACAGUGGAGGAGAGGAACCUAUUAUCGGUGGCCUACAAGAAUGUGAUUGGAGCUCGGAGAGCCUCCUGGAGGAUAAUCAGCAGUAUCGAAUCGAGGGGAGGUGACAAGGGCGGGGACCAGAAGGCAAAGAUGAUCCAGGAAUACAGGCAAACGGUUGAGACGGAGCUGAAGUCAAUCUGUGAAGACAUUCUGACUGCACUGGACAAGCACCUAAUCCCCUCUGCUGGCAUAGGAGAGUCUAGGGUCUUCUACCACAAAAUGAAGGGUGACUACCACAGGUACCUGGCAGAGUUUGCCACUGGCAACGAAAGAAAAGCGGCAGCAGAGAACAGCCUGGUGGCCUACAAAUCUGCCACCGACAUAGCCAUGUCGGAGCUGCAACCCACGCAUCCCAUCCGCCUCGGCCUUGCCCUCAACUUCUCCGUGUUCUACUAUGAGAUCCUAAACUCUCCUGACCGCGCUUGCAGGUUGGCAAAGGCUGCGUUUGAUGACGCCAUCGCAGAACUGGACACACUGAAUGAAGACAGCUACAAGGACUCCACACUUAUCAUGCAGUUGUUACGUGACAACCUGACACUAUGGACUUCAGAUAUGCAGGGAGACGGUGACGAGACAACCACCGGACCAGAGCAACAAGUGCAAGACGUUGAGGCUGAUGACUAGUGAGACGACGCCACCAACAGCCAACAACUUGAGACCCUCUCCCUCCACCCCCCCACCUCCUCACACUCCUCGUCCCUCCACCUGCAGCCUGCUCCAACCCCACCCCUUUCUCCCUCCAACUCUUCUUCCCUUUCUGCCAGUCCCCUUCCUCUUCCUCCUCUCCCUUCCCUUCCCUUUCCUUUCUUCCACCUCUGCAGCUCCGUGACCCAGCAGGGCCAAGGAGUUAACAAGUUUAUUUUUCUCUUUCUCUUCUUUUUUAUUUUUAUAUUAGCCCUUACAUCAUUCAAGUAAAUAGCACUUAAUUGAGACAGGAAAUACAAUGUUAGAAAGACAAAGAUAAAGAGAGUCCCUGGGUUGUUUUUGUGUUUUUUGUCCUGGUACAAGCGGUUCUGAAAUGUUAUCUUUGUUUUCAUUAUUGUAUUUUUGUUCUGUUUUUUGCUUUUUCCUCAAUAUUUUUAUCAGUUGCUGGAUGUAUUGAGAAUUUUUUUUCUUAAUGUAAUUAAAGAAAUUAACUUUUAUUACUGAUAAUGUUGACUAUUAGUUAUGGGAGCUAUUUUAUCUCUGUUUUUAGUGAAACGUCAUGCGAAUCAUUUUACCUUUAUAUGGGCAAUUUGGAAAAACUACAAGUGCCCUUUUUGUUAACUUAGGUUUUCAGAGGAAGUUGGCAAAAUUCGCGAUAUCCACGUGGAGCAAAGAAGUGCUUAACUUUUACACCAUAGUGAUUCUGUUGUCAUGUUUUUGUAGUUGUCCUUGGACUGUAUUUGUGCUGAAAUACUGUAACUGUGCACACAUGCUGAAUCUCUGAAGGUUGACUUAUAGCUAGGUGGUGGUUGUAAUUUAAAAAACAUAAAAAAAAAACGAAAAAAAAAAAACAACUUGGGAGAUUUCACACUUAAGUAAAAGACAAGUCUCAAUUUGGCCCCGCUCCUCGACAGAGAGCCCUAAAAUGGAAAGGAUUGUUGGUGCUUGCAUGAGUUAAAAACAUAUUCUCUUCUGCUGCUUCUCCCCUACUUUUUACUAAAGCUCCUCUUGGUUUCGGAGGUUUUCUUUCUUCGCUGUUUUCCUUCAUUUCUCUUCUUGUUUUGCUUCAUUAUGUGUAACUUGGAGCUGAUUUGUACUACUGGAUAUCUGACUGGAGCCACAGACAGGGAAUCUGUAUUGUUCUUACUGAAACACAGCAUGGAAUUAACAUUAAACAAUCUAAAUUAAACAUUACAAA